GAUUUGAGCUACAGAGCAAAUAUAUACUCAUUCAUAUAUACACAAAUAUAUUAUAUAUUUAAAAGGGUGAAUAAAUUCUCACUCUGUUUCCCGAGCUGUGUUAUAGAUUUGGAUCGAGUCGACAUCUCUUCUCUCUUCUCCUCCGUGACAAACCCACAAGGCUGACGCAAGCCUCUCUCUCCACUUCACAUCCUCACAGAGACGGGAGAGAGUAGCAGCAGAAGCUAGAGUGACUACAGUUCUUCACUUUGGUGGUUGUAGGGGUUUAUGCAAUCUCCCUUAGUUUGCAGGUAGGAAAUGUCCAGGCCUCUACACAGAGGCAUUGCUGGGUCCCGAAACUCCUCCGGGGGCCCUCAAGAAUUCUGGGAAGAUAUGAGUGGUAGUAGAAGAGACUCUUCUGAUCAUCAGACCCCUAAUAAGUUCCCCUUCCCGUUACCUCACUCUAGCACCAAUAGUUCCCCUUCUAAGUACAUCAACGUCGAGAAUGGUUUCACUCCUGAUUCCUUGUCCCCUAGAACUCGGCACCGAUACAUAAUGCUGCUGUUAAGAUUUAGCCUCUUCUUUAUAGUGAUUGCUGCCCUCUGUGGUUCGUUUUGGUGGACUCUAUCAAUCUCUGCUUCCUCCAGAGGUCACAUUAACCAGCACUACCGGGUACUGCAGGAGAGAGUCCUCUCUGACUUGUGGGAUAUCGGAGAGCUGUCUCUUGGCUCUCCAAAAUCUAGGGAAUUGGAUUUUUGCUCUGAAGAGUUCGAGAAUUUUGUCCCCUGCUAUAACUAUAAUGCAUCAGAUAGUGUUUCCGAUGACAAUGUGCUUGAGAGGCAAUGUGGACCCGAUUCAAAGGUCAAUUGCCUCGUGAUCCCUCCUGUAAAUUACAAGAUUCCAUUGAGGUGGCCCACUGGGAAGGACUUCAUAUGGGUGGCCAAUGUGAAGAUCACUGCGCAACAGGUCCUGUCAUCAGGGAGCAUGACCAAGAGGAUGAUGAUACUGGAAGAACAGCAGAUAUCUUUCCGUUCCACAUCUCUUAUGUUCGAUGGAGUUGAAGAUUAUGCUCAGCAAAUUGCAAAGAUGAUAGGUUUGAGAAGUGAAUACGACCUUGUUCAAGCUGGGGUUAGAACGAUUUUGGAUGUAGGAUGUGGUUACGGUAGUUUUGGAGCUCAUCUCUUCUCUAAACUACUCUUGACAAUGUGCAUCGCAAACUAUGAGACUUCAGGAAGUCAAGUCCAAUUGACUCUCGAGAGAGGUCUUCCUGCUAUGAUCAGUUCCUUCUCCAAACAGUUGCCCUACCCUUCUCUUUCCUUCGACAUGUUGCAUUGCUUGAGAUGCGGAAUAGAUUGGGACCAGAAAGAUGGAAUAUUCUUAAUUGAAGCUGACAGAGUUUUAAGGCCGGGAGGAUACUUCGUGUGGACUUCACCAUUAACAAUUGCUCCAGGAAAUAAUCGUAAGAAGGGAAACCCGAAGAGAUGGAAUUUCAUUAAUAGUUUCACGGAGAAUAUGUGCUGGGAACUGCUGGCACAACAAGAUGAAACUAUCAUAUGGAAGAAGACUAGUAAAACGAGUUGUUAUGCUGCCCGAAAACCUGGUGUUGGCCCUUCUGUGUGCAACAAAGGCCAAGACGUGGAAUCUCCAUUCUACCGUCCACUCCAAAGCUGCAUUGGAGGAACACAGAGCAAGCGCUGGAUUCCCAUAGAAGCUCGGAAAGCUUGGCCUUCUAGGGCCAAUUUGAAUGCCACCGAGCUUAAACUAUAUGGUCUGCAUUCGGAAGAAUUCAUGGAGGACAUGGGGAACUGGAGGGCAGCAGUAAGAAAUUACUGGUCCCUUCUCUCACCGCUCAUUUUCUCAGACCACCCAAAGAGACCAGGGGAUGAAGAUCCUGCAGCCCCAUACAACAUGGUCCGGAAUGUACUCGACAUGAAUUCCCGCUUUGGGGGUUUAAAUUCUGCCUUGCUGGAGGCUGGGAAGAAUGUUUGGGUCAUGAAUGUAGUCCCAGCAAACGGCCCUAACAGCUUGCCUGCUAUCAUUGAUCGAGGUUUCCUUGGCGUAUUACAUGACUGGUGUGAGGCAUUUCCGACAUACCCAAGAACAUAUGAUAUGGUGCAUGCAGCAGGGCUUCUGUCUCUCCAGACAAGUCAGAAGAGAAGAUGCUCGUUGCUUGAUAUAUUCACUGAGAUCGACCGGCUUCUUCGUCCCGAGGGAUGGAUAAUAAUUCGUGACACCACUUCACUUAUCGAGUCAGCAAGAUCUCUGACAACGAGACUUAAGUGGGAUGCACGAAUCAUAGAAGUGGAGAGCAAUACCGAUGAAAGACUGCUUAUUGGCCAGAAACCAUUCUUCAAGAAGCAGGCGAGCUGAAAACCCGACUUUUGGGGAUUCCUCGAAAAGGACGCCUGAUGCUGUAAAAUCUUAUUUUACUUGCAAGUAUACAGUUCGAGUGGGACAUACCAUAAAGAUUAGGAAAGGAAACGAGAAAAGGAAACAAAGAUGGUGGAACCAAACCGAACCACCACUCCUACGGCAAAGCUGCAAGGCUCUCGUAGGGGCGCAAACUUGUAAUUAUGGGAUCAACUGCGGCCGGGUGAGAAAUUAUAGAUUGCAUUUAAAAUUCUUUAUUAUCAUGCUAUGUCGAAUUUACUACUUUGUUAUACACUCCGAAACAUGUCAGUUGUGAUUUGGGAGGAUGGUCACAUAAUAAGCAAGUGCCUUUUACUUUCGGAAGUACAUAAAGAUUUGUCAGUUCAUUCACAUAUCAAUCAAGGAAAAUUCUUUUUGGACCA